AACGUACCCAGCUUAUCUGUUGUAAACGGUUUUAGAUAUUUUAUCGGCCGUUUGGUAAUACCCUAUAUGUAGUGUACUAGUGUGCCAGUAUUACGAAGUCCACCAGUAAUGAGAUCGUAGAAUCGAUCAUCAGUAAUAAUAUUAUUACAUUGUCAUAAUAUUUUAUAAAGUGUCAACUACGGCAGUGCUGGGUCUGUUGUCAAACGAAAUCUCAUGAGAAGAGUUCUAAUAAGUUCUAACCUAUACAGUACACAAUACCGCAAUACAUAUUUUGAUCACGAUAUCAAACGAUCGAACGAACUAUUGUAAUAUAUCAAAUCGUUUGUGAAGUAAAUAUUAUUAUUCCAUUGGUUUGGGUAGGUAUAUUAUGGAUCGAGUGUUCGACCAUUUGCGGUACGUCCGGUGUCCAACGUGUUUCCGCGUUUUCUGUUGCACCAAACACCGGGUGGAGCACGAGCGGCGUGUGCAUGUCGCAGUUCCGGGAGGCCCUGUGAUCAGACGCCGUUUCCGGUCGUCGCAGGUCCUGCAGCAGCCGGGAAAACAGCAGACUGCCCAUGCCGGUGGCCACUUCAUUAACGGUCGGAAGAGAUUGCACGGCGUGGCCAGCUCCUCGACCACGACACAGUCCAUCGGCAGCGGGCUGCGAUUGAUGGAGCGGCGUCAACACCGCCGGGUCGAGGAGCUGCGCAGGACCGAGGAGCUGCGUUGUGCCGAGGAACUGCGUCGGGCCGACGAACAGCGCUGGACUGUGGAACAGCGUGCGGAGAUGAUAGAAAUGUGCGCCAGGACCAUACUCAAGGCUCGUCGGUCCAGCCUGACGACUAUCAGACACCUGCGCCCGGUGGCCGAGAGCAGUCCCGCGAUUCCAUUGCCGCAGCCGUCCACGCCGCACAACACGCGCACGGAGGUACCGGAGUCUGCGACCGCGUCCGUCGAGUGGUCGGUAGUCGUUUCGUCGGUGGGUAGCCCUCCAAGUUUUUACCAGACGCCGAUGCAGACACCAACGCAAAAGUUCCAGGACACGCCGUCAGUACAAAAUCUCCCAGACACGCCGUUGCAAUUGCUCUCGGACACGCCUUUGCAAACGCUCCCAGACGCGCCGUUGCAAUUGCUCUCGGACACGCCUUUGCAAACGCUCCCAGACGCGCCGUUGCAAACGCUCUCAGACACGCCAUUGCAAACGCUCUCAGACACGCCCGUCAACUGCAAACCACGUUCUAAUGGCGAAAGUGUUAAGCGGGUAUCGAUAGGCGACAGUUUAAAGCAAAAAGGAUUUUUCUGGGCAAACAUGGCUCGUCGCUUCCGGUUGGCGCUGCGGCCCUCCAAACCCAAAGUCUUCGAGAACGGUUGCUGUCCAUCGCCGUCUGAAGCAGAAAAUGUGGAUUACCUCAUGGUCAAUCCGUACGGUAACAUCAAAUCGAGGCGGCCUAUCUGUGACAACGACACGUUGACGACACCAGUCCAUCCCAGGCCGUCGCUUGAGGCCAUCCGCAAAGCCCACGAAGAAGAGAGCAAGGCCUUUAACAGAUUUAUGACCGAUUAAAAAAUGUUGUAAGUGCAACAAACAUACUU